AUGGACAGUGUCCUCUACCACUCAGCGGGAAUAUUCGGCUCACCCUCGGCUUCUGGAAACUUAGCUGCUGAAGAAAACAUGAUCGCCGCCACCAAACCUCUAGCUUUUUCGAUCGAAAGGAUUAUGGCCAGGACACCGGAACCAAAGUCAAUACCUUUCCCCAACUUGUUCCAAGCGCCCGUGAGCAAAGCGGACCCAAAGCAAGCGAUCCACGUGAGCCCAUCCUCUCUCCACUGCAUGAUACCCUUCAUGCCGCUGGCAUACGAGACGGGUCACAAACUAAACGUCGGUGGAUCAGAACCGAACCACUUUGACGCUUCCUCCUAUAGCUCUAAUGACUUGGUGAGUAUUGGUUUGAAUUAUAAAAACGAACUACCAGAUGUGAGCCCAUCGGUGGGGCAGUACAAACUUUUUCGACCUCGGGUGGUAAAUCAGUCCUCUUUUCAAGCGAUGGGAACUGUCUGCUACCUGAACUGCGGGGAAACCUCCUGUGCGCCGCCGGCGAGUUUCCUCAACAUCCACCCCGUUGCCUCUUACUUCCUCAACUCGCCGCUACACGCGCGACAGAAAGCCCUUCUUUCGGAGAAAAAUAAACUCGGCCACUGUGUGGAAAGGUGUCCGUCCGGCGUUGCUUUCAAAGACUUAUCCCAAACUCAUUUGCAACACUACAUGAAAGAGAGCGCACAGAUACUAUCGGAGAAACUCUUCAAAAACUCCUCCAAGCUGGGCAGUGGGUCUCCCGGCAACAAGCCUAAAGUUUUCACGUGCGAAGUUUGUGGAAAGGUGUUUAAUGCCCACUAUAAUUUAACCCGUCAUAUGCCUGUGCACACUGGAGCCAGACCUUUCGUCUGUAAAGUUUGCGGCAAAGGCUUCCGCCAAGCAAGCACCCUCUGCCGCCACAAAAUAAUCCAUACGCAGGAAAAACCCCACAAAUGCAACCAGUGCGGAAAAGCAUUCAACCGCAGCUCGACUCUGAACACCCACACAAGGAUUCACGCGGGGUACAAGCCCUUCGUGUGCGAGUUCUGCGGCAAGGGAUUCCAUCAGAAAGGCAACUACAAGAACCACAAAUUGACACACAGCGGGGAGAAACAGUUCAAAUGCACCAUCUGUAACAAGGCCUUCCACCAAGUAUACAACCUGACCUUCCACAUGCACACGCACAACGACAAGAAGCCUUUCACGUGCCCGACUUGUGGAAAGGGAUUCUGCCGGAACUUUGACCUGAAAAAGCACAUCAGGAAACUGCACGACAUUUCUCCGGGAUCUCAAUCGCCCUCAAGUCUUCUAAGCGCAAAAGGGGAAACUCACUAA